GCCACGAUGGAGCGCAGCGGCAGCACGGGGGGCGGGAGCAGCGGCGGCGAGGGCGGCCGCCCUCCCCGGGAGGGCCCGGCGGGGAACGGCCGCGACCCGAGCGUCGGUCGCGCCGCCGCGGCGCCCGGGGACGGCCAGGCGGCUGAGUCCUUGCUGGCCCCUAUGGACCUGGGGGAGGAGCCGCUGGAGAAGGCGGCGAGCGCCCGCACGGCCAAAGACCCCAACACCUAUAAGGUGCUCUCGCUGGUAUUGUCAGUCUGUGUGUUAACAACAAUCCUUGGUUGUAUAUUUGGGUUGAAACCAAGCUGUGCCAAAGAAGUUAAAAGUUGCAAAGGUCGUUGCUUUGAGAGAACAUUUGGGAAUUGCCGCUGUGAUGUCGCUUGCGUUGACCUUGGAAACUGCUGUCUGGAUUACCAGGAGACAUGUAUAGAACCAGAACGUAUAUGGACUUGUAGCAAAUUCAGAUGUGGUGAAAAAAGGUUGUCCAGAAGCCUUUGCUCCUGUUCCGAUGACUGCAGGGACAAGGGCGACUGCUGUAUCAACUAUAGCGCCGUGUGCCGAGGAGAGAAAAGUUGGGUAGAAGAAACAUGUGACAACAUUAAUGAGCCAGAGUGUCCAGCAGGGUUUGAAAUGCCUCCUACCCUCUUAUUUUCCUUGGAUGGCUUCAGGGCAGAAUAUUUACACACCUGGGGUGGCCUUCUUCCUGUUAUUAGCAAACUAAAAAACUGUGGAACAUACGCCAAAAACAUGAGACCAGUAUAUCCAACAAAAACUUUUCCCAAUCACUACAGCAUUGUCACGGGACUUUAUCCAGAAUCCCAUGGCAUAAUUGACAAUAAAAUAUAUGAUCCCAAAAUUAACGCUUUCUUUGCACUUAAAAGUAAGGAGAAAUUUAAUCCUGCCUGGUACAAAGGAGAACCAAUUUGGCUCACCACGAAAUAUCAAGGCCUGAGAAGUGGCACCUUUUUUUGGCCAGGAUCAGAUGUGAAAAUUAAUGGAAUUCUCCCAGACAUCUAUAAAAUAUAUAAUGGCUCAGUACCUUUUGAAGAAAGGAUUUUAACUAUUCUUAAGUGGUUGCAGCUUCCUAAAGAUGAAAGACCACACUUUUACACUCUGUAUUUAGAAGAACCAGAUUCUUCAGGUCAUUCAUAUGGACCGGUCAGCAGUGAAGUCAUUAGAGUCUUGCAGAGGGUUGACAACAUGGUUGGCAUGCUGAUGGAUGGUCUGAAAGAGCUGAACUUACAUCGAUGCCUGAACCUUAUCCUUGUUUCAGAUCACGGCAUGGAACAAGGCAGUUGCAAGAAAUAUGUGUAUCUGAAUAAAUAUUUGGGAGAUGUUAAAGAUAUUAAAAUUGUAUACGGACCUGCAGCUCGAUUGAGACCCUCUGAUGUCCCAGAUAAAUACUUUUCAUUUGAUUAUGAAGACCUUGCCAGAAAUCUUUCUUGCCGGGAACCAAACCAGCACUUCAAACCUUACCUGAAACAUUUCUUACCGAAGCGUUUGCACUUUGCCAAAAAUGACAGGAUUGAGCCCUUGACAUUCUAUUUGGACCCUAAGUGGCAACUUGCAUUGGCUCCUUCAGAAAAGGAACAUUGUGGAAAUGGAUUCCAUGGUUCUGACAAUUUAUUUUCAAAUAUGCAAGCCCUCUUUAUCGGCUAUGGACCUGGAUUUAAGCACCGCUUUGAAGUUGAUUCCUUUGAAAAUAUCGAAGUCUAUAAUUUAAUGUGUGAUUUACUGAAUUUGACACCUGCUCCUAAUAAUGGAACUCAUGGGAGUCUUAACCACCUUCUAAAGAAUCCCGUUUACAACCCAGAGAAUCCCAGAGAAGUCCACCCUGUGGGGCAGUGCCCCUUUGCAAGAAGCCCCAGACGUAACCUUGAGUGCUCAUGUCAUCCUUCAGUCUUACCAGUUGUGGAUUUUGAGAUACAGUUGAAUUUGACUGUGGCAGAAGAGAAGGUUAUUAAGCGCAGCACUUUACCUUACGGAAGACCCAGAGUCCUGCAGAGAAACACCUCGGUCUGUCUCCUUUACCAGCACCAGUUCGUCAGUGCUUACAGCAAUGACAUCCUGAUGCCCCUUUGGACCUCUUACACCGUCCGCAGAAAUGACAGUUUCUCUGCAGAAGACUUUUCCAACUGUCUUUACCAGGAUCUUCGAAUUUCUCUUAGUCCUGUCCAUAAGUGUUCCUUUUAUAAAAAUAAUGCUGAACUGAGCUAUGAGUUCCUCUACCCACCACAACUAAAUAAAGGUUCAGAUCAACUAUAUUCUGAAGCAUUGCUUAAUACUAAUAUAGUGCCAAUGUACCAGAGUUUUCAAGUAAUAUGGCGCUACUUCCACGGCACCCUUCUGCAACGGUAUGCGGAGGAAAGAAAUGGCGUCAAUGUGGUCAGCGGGCCUGUGUUUGACUCUGAUUACGACGGACGUUACGAUUCCUCAGAGAUGCUGAAGCAAAACAGCAAACUCAUCCGUAAUCAAGAAAUUCUGAUCCCAACUCACUUCUUCAUUGUGCUGACAAGUUGUAAAAACACAUUCCAGACUCCCUCCCAGUGUGAUGAGUUAGACACCUUAGCUUUCAUUUUGCCUCACAGGACUGACAAUAGUGAGAGCUGUGUGCAGGGGAAGCACGAGUCGUCAUGGGUAGAAGAGUUACUGAAGCUACACAGAGCUCGGAUCACGGAUGUUGAACUCAUCACUGGACUCAGCUUCCUUCAAGAACGAAAAGAGCCCGUUGCAGACAUUCUACAGUUGAAAACACGGUUGCCAGUCUUUGACCAAGAAGACUGAUAUUUUUUUAUUCCAAAAACACACCAUAGAUGUUUUUGAAAGAACCUUUAUUUUAUACAGUCCUCUAUUCACACUGUCGCCUUGUUUGGAAACUGCCGACCAGAGUUAGAGCUGAGAAUCCUCUGUGAUAACAACCAUCUCAGGGAACCUGGCAGCCUCUGCCCGGCAGUAGGAAAAUACUCUUACUGAGUCUCGCACAUGUUUGAAUGUGUAAGAAUUGUUCCAAUUUGGGGAAUAAAGACACACCAUAUCUAAAACUGCUCUUCAACUUCUCUUAAGGGCAAAAAUAGCUGUGAACAUUGUCUGGAUGCCAGAUAUUUGAAUUUUGUUUUCACUAAUAAAUUUCUAUGGAACUGGCAAGCUCAGCAUUAAUGGAUAGGAUUGGAAUAGUCUGUUUUACCUUAGUAUUUUCACAAGGAUUUAAAGGUGAUUCUGGAUUCUUUCCAGCUUGGAGUUUCAUUCAUUUUAGUUUUAACUGAAAAAAAAUUAGCAGAAGCAAAACUGUUUCUAAGGCCCUCUUUCUGUCUUUGCCAACACCCAUUCAAAACCAAAAUAUGUAAUCCUGUGGGUUUGGUUUUUUGUAAAUUGUGAUUAGGCUUCCUCGGAUUUAAUGCUUUUAAUAAGUUAAACUUUGAGGGAAGAUCUGUGAAUUGAGUAAUUCAGUCUGUGUACCUGCUAUAAAAUUUUAUUCUGCAUUUGUACAAAAAAAAAGAAAGAUACUCCCAUCCCGUUCACUGGUAGUGAACAUAGGUUGAAAAUAGCUCUAAAAGUGGUUAUUUUAGACUAUUAAAAAUGUCUUCAUGGAACUUCAGAGAACUUGCCAAUGCAUGCCUGGCAACAUUUUCCAUCAAGACGGCAGGAAUGUUUUCCUCUAUGCCCCAAAAUGACCCCACCAGCAGCAGAACUGUGCUGAGCUGUUUAUCUUAAAGUUUCUUGGGUUUGGAAAGAAUGUAUAACCAUUGCUUUAUAUUUUCUUUGUGGUCAUGAUAAAUGAACCUGACCUCUCCUCCACAUAAACUAUACCUUUUAGUGUGACUAUACCUGUGAACCUUCAAGGGCUUCCUUCACUUGUAGGCUAUGUGGGUUUGAUUUAGGUGUUAUAUUAGUCCACCAAAAUUUUUUUAUUUGUCCUUCCUAUGAUGAUCAUUCUUGAACAGACUACAGGCCACAAAAUCCUUUAGAUAAUAUAAUUUGUACUAAAAAUUAUUUAAUAAUUUAGGAAGUUUUGUUGGUUUUUGUUUUAGUCCCAUAGGGUCCUGAGGGUUUAUACACUGCUUUUUUCCAAUCUGUCUUCUCUCUGUUGUUCAGUUUGGGUCAUUUCUAUUGUCCUGUCUUUAAGUUCACUCGUUAUUUUACUUCUCUAAUCCAUUUUGUUGUUGAGCCCCCCCUCGCCCAUUAAGUUUUGUUUUUAUUUUUUUCCCUAAAAUUUCCAUUCAGUUCUUCUUUAUAUUGUGUAUUACUUUGCUGAGAAUUUUUAUUUUUUUGCUAAGAUUUUUUAUUUUUUCAUUUAUUCUGUGUAAUUCAUAGAUACUCACUGAAGCAUUUUUGCAAUGGCUGCUGCAAAAUUCUUUUCAAAUAAUGCCAGCAUCUGUGUCAUCUCAGGGUUGGCAUCUGUUUUCUUUUUUUCAUUCAAAAAGAUUUUCCUGGUUCUUGGCAUGAUGAAUGAUUUUCGGUGGAAACCUGAAUAUUUUAGAUGUUACAUGACUGUGGAUCUUAUUUAAACCUUCUGUUUUAGCUGACUUUCUCUGACAUCAAUCUAGUGGAGGACUUAGGGGCACUGUCUAGUUCCUCCAAGGUGUAGCUACAAGUCCAGGUUUCCCACUCAGCCUCCAGUGACACUUGGAACAAGAUGGGAUCCAUGUCAUUGCUGCACAGGGUGGGAAUUCAGUUCCCCUCUGGGCUUCCAUUGAUGCCUUCCUGCCUGGGGUGUGCAGGGGGCCUUGUCACUGCUCCCCUGUGGUGUCCACUGAUACUGUGGGCAGGAAUGGUGGGGAGGAGGCUUCAUUAUGACCAGGUGGGGAUGAAUUGACCAGUUGCUUACUCAACCCUCUCAGAUCCCACCCUGUCAGGGGAGUUAGGGUACUGCAUGACAGCCCAGAGAGGCUGGAAGUCUAGGCUCCCCACUUGGCCUUUACUGGUCUGGUUGGGUCUGUGGUCUUUCCAGUGGCGUUUGCUAGAGUGGAGCAUUUCCUGUUUUCUCUCUUGCGAGGCCAUUACUCUUCCAGGCCUUUGGCUGGAGAACAGGCCUUUUUUAGGACUUCUUUACAUGUGCUCUGUGGCCAUUUCACCUUUUCAGCUCCAAGUCUGGGACAUCUGAGCUAAAAAGCAAAAACACAGGAGAACUCAUCAUAGUUUUGUCCCUUAGGUCCCAAGGUCCCUAGCCUGCCUGACUUCUCUCUUCAGAGUCUUCCUUUUUUUGUUUUAUAUAUAAUAUCUAAGCUUUUUAUCUGCAUUUAGCAGAAGGAUAUCUACUUUAUAGAAGUUUCUCAUUGAUUUUUAUGUAUUCAAAACACAUGCAGACACGUGAUUGCCUCUAUGUAAAGCCUCUUAGCAGAUCUUGAUUAAAUAGGUAGAUGCCUCUCCCCUUUGCCAGUCACCAGGAAUACAAAGAAAGACAAGUAAUAGUCCUACUAAUAAUCCUAAAACUAGAGAGGGAGAGGACAGAGCAGAAGUGUACUAAGGGGUGGUAGUUGUUUUAAUGGAGCCAGAGGCAGAGCCAUCUGCCAGGGAGAACAGAGGAGACCACUUGGUAUUGCUUGACGGUCUCAGCAGUGACUCCCAGAGGUGGUGACAUUUGGGCUAGAACUUGGUGCAGAUUGGAGCUCUUCAGGUGAAUAGGUAAGGAAAGGACAUCCUAACAUCCUUUGGAUGGAUACUUUUUGGCAUAUUCCCAUUUACUCUUCUGAUAUUUUCUACAAGUGUUGCUAUGACCAACUUAUGACAUGAAACUACUUUAUUUUUCCUGCUUUGUUAUAAUCAUCUCCUGCUCUUAAAAGUCAGACUAUUAAUGCUGUGCUGACUCUAAAGUAAAGAGCAUCCACAUCUGUUCCUACUUAGUUUGUUUUCUUCAGACAGGGUGUUUGUUUUCUUUUUUUGUCUUGUAACAGAUCUCUCCUUUGACUGUUUGAUCAGUUUAAAAGAUGUGACUGGCCUCCAGUCCCCCAAUUUGAAUGGUAAAUUCACAUGGCUAUAUAUGAAAAUGUCUUUAACCUACUGCGUAUAAUAAAGGCUGUUCUUUGCUUUUCAUAUGCAAAACAAAACCUUUAUUUUCCCCUAAUUUUAUUGCCAUGCCUCUGAUCAGUACUUCUUAAAUGAGGUAAGUAACUUCCAUAUAAAAUUUCAUAGAUAAGUCAGCCCAUUCAUGGCAAAGCAAAGAAUCAAGUGGAACUUAAAAAUUAUUUAGAAGUUUCAGAGAAAAAUAUGCAAACCUUCGGGGGGGAAAGGGAAAUGUUCAGCAGGGUAGGUCAGUGUGUGGAGGGCUGUUAGGCCAGCUAGCCCCAUCCUGUUUCAGGAGAGACGGUGGAUGAGAUUGUAUCUAAGAUCACCCAGUCCUCCAGAAAAGGCUGUUACCAGCCCCAACAUUGACUUUUUUUUGUCAUUAGCUGCAUUAACUGUCCUCCCUUGCCCUGUGGGUACCUGCUUAUCUAUAUCAGGAACAGGCAUUUGAACUUUGAAACUAAAUGUGGUGAUUACACUUCAUGCCAAAGCCUAUCACAGGUGCUUUGUAAGCCUUAGGUAAAAUUGUAACAUGGCUACAGUCCAAUGACAUUUUCCUUGAUUUUUGGCAGUCUAAAUAUUAUGAGGGAGAGGGGAAGUCUGUAGAAUAUGUCUCUAAGCUAAGAAAUGUGGAUUUACCAAUAAAAAUUUUACAUACAGAA